UGUUUUGACAGGUUGCUGGUUCGAUCCGAUUCCCGUUUCCCAAGUAUCACCGGAAACAGUAUGUGCCCGGCAUUUCCGUGCAUGCCGGUCGGCUGCAACGUUAACGCUGACAAACGUCCUUCAGCAACGAAUAACAGCAUAAUCAAUUUUUCCUGGUUGCUACAUGUUGAGAAGCGGACUGGUGGAUCGGAAGUGGCAGAAAGGAAGGAGAUUGUAAUCAAAUUGCACUUUUAAGAAGAAUGAGACGGCAUUUGGUCGUUGCAUUAUACGGCAAUCAUCCGCUGACUUCACGGUCCAGUCUUACGUGAUUUGCGCACACUGACAGCCAGUGCUCAAGAUUGUUCAUAUUUUAUAUGCUAUCGAAGGUUUCAUAACAUGGAUAAUCGGUUUCCGGCUUCGAAAAUUAAAGAGCUGCACGAAGCGUUCCGCAUCUUUGAUAAGGAUGGCGAUGGAUCAAUAACAAAAGAUGAAUUAGGAACAGUUAUGCGAAAUCUGGGCCAGUGCCCUUCCGAAGAGGAGCUCCAGCAGAUGCUCCGCGAUAUAGAUUUCAACGGAGACGGGAUGUUCUCAUUCGAGGAAUUUGUGCAAAUUAUGUCAAAUAUGGGCGCUAUCGGCGGUCCAACUUCCGCUGAAGACGAGGCAAGAGAACUGCGGGAUGCAUUUAAGGUGUUCGACAAACAAGGAACGGGAUACAUCACGCCAUCCGAUUUACGGGCUGUACUGCAGUGCAUGGGAGAGAGUUUAACGGAGGAUGAAAUUGACGACAUGAUAAGCGAAGUAGACCUGGACGGCGACGGGCGCAUUGACUUCGAAGAAUUCGUGGCGGCAAUGUGCGAGCAAACACAGGAAAAAUCGGAAAUUGAGGACGCCGAAGAUGAUAUCGACGAAGAGCUUAUGCGACUGGAAGGCCUCAACCUCAACAUAGUCCAGUGACGAAAACCUAACCUUUACAGAUUUCCAUAUCAAUCGCAUAGCAUUCAGUUUAUUCUCACAAAAGUGAACGGAAACGCAAUUAUUUUCAAUGUUUUCCUUGUACAACAUAAUGUAAACGUCGCAAAAAGACAACAACACUGAAAUGUCAACAAGACGCGCCAUGGAUCACAAAAGAG